UGAGGCAGCGCGAGUGGAUCCAGCAUGUUUCUAUUUUUUGCCUUCCCUUUGACUCGGGAAGCACUCGCGAAAACUAACUGCAAGACAUAAUCGUGGUGUGUUUGUGUGCUUGAAUGUAGUGCUGGUGAUGGCAGCAGCUCGGCCCCCUCCAUGCGUGAUUGACUGCGGGACAGGGUACACCAAGAUUGGUUAUGCUGGAAACACGGAGCCCCAGUUCAUCAUGCCAACCUGUAUUGCGAUCAGAGAAUCAGCCAGUGUUGGAGAUCAAGCACAGAGACGUCUCGUGAAAGGGGUGGAUGACCUUGAUUUCUUCAUUGGAGAUGAAGCCAUCGAUAAGCCCAACUAUGCAACCAAGUGGCCCAUCAGACAUGGUAUUAUUGAGGACUGGGACUUCAUGGAAAAGUUUAUGGAGCAGGUCAUAUUUAAAUAUCUCCGAGCUGAGCCCGAGGACCACAACUUCCUGAUGACAGAACCUCCUCUAAAUACCCCAGAGAACCGGGAAUACUUAGCUGAGAUCAUGUUUGAAACAUUCAACGUCCCAGGAUUGUACAUCGCUGUUCAGGCUGUUUUGGCAUUGGCAGCAUCUUGGACUUCAAGACAGGUUGGAGAAAGAACACUAACAGGAAUUGUGAUUGAUAGUGGUGAUGGAGUUACUCAUGCCAUACCCGUGGCAGAAGGGUAUGUGAUUGGCAGCUGUAUAAAGCACAUCCCCAUAGCAGGCAGAGACAUCACCUACUUCAUUCAACAGCUGCUAAGAGAGCGAGAGAUCGGCAUUCCUCCAGAACAGUCACUGGAGACUGCGAAAGCUGUUAAAGAAAGGUAUUGCUACAUCUGUCCAGACAUCGUGAAGGAAUUCACCAAAUAUGACAUGGACCCUGGAAAAUGGAUUAAAAAAUACAAGGGAAUCAAUGCUAUCAGCAAAAAUGAAUUUCAAAUAGAUGUCGGAUACGAGCGUUUUCUGGGACCAGAGAUAUUUUUUCACCCCGAGUUUGCCAACCCAGACUUCAUGCAGCCCAUCUCGGAUGUUGUGGAUGAAGUGAUUCAGAACUGCCCUAUAGAUGUCAGAAGACCGCUAUACAAGAACAUAGUCCUGUCGGGUGGCUCCACAAUGUUUCGGGACUUUGGCCGCAGGCUGCAGAGGGACCUCAAGCGUGUUGUGGAUGCCAGACUAAGACUGAGUGAGGAGCUCAGUGGCGGCAGAAUAAAGCCCAAGCCCAUGGAAGUGCAGGUUAUAUCCCAUCACAUGCAGCGAUACGCAGUGUGGUUUGGCGGAUCUAUGCUGGCUUCUACGCCUGAAUUCUUCCAGGUCUGCCACACUAAGAAGGACUAUGAGGAAUACGGACCUAGAAUCUGUCGCCACAACCCUGUCUUUGGCAUCAUGUCCUAGUUCUGGUCUUGCACCCCCUUGUAAGCCUAGAUAUCAAUUCAAUCGAUUUAUCACCUCCCUGUACUACGCUUUGAUUGCCACUCCUCUUUGAAAAGGAAUAAUUCAGGCUUUGACAAGCUUAGAAUAGAAAGAACAAAGCUUUUUGUUUAUCAGUGAAAAUGUCAAAGCCAGGCACAGGGGUAUUAUGUGGAUUGGAUCGGGAGACUUGAGGCUUGUGCUUUGAUAGCAAGCGCUGAUGUUCAAUAUUCCAAAUGCAGCGUGCAAGAGAAAUUCGAGAAUCGCACAUUGACUGCAGCCUGUUCAAGUGAAGCCGUUCAGUGGGGUUUGUUUACUUUGCAACACAUUCAGUGUAUUGUUUGUGGUAUAAAAGAAUAGACCGACCCAAAAUUAAUAUUCAGUCAUCAUUCUGUUUAGGUACAAUAUUUAUCUGUUUUUUCUAUAAUACACAGAUCUAUAAUAGGGGAUGCUUAGCAGAGGUUAGCCACAUAGAAAUCUGAUAUGGCUAAAAUCAUUCUGAAAACGUACUGCUAUAUACAUUUCUGCAGAGCGCCAAAUAUGUCCCAGGAGCUAUGUUUUUUUUUUGUUGCAGUUUUUGUAUUCGUGAAUCCACCAGAGGCUGCUUUGUACGCUUUUUGAGAGCUCAAAUUUCUCUCGCAAGUGUCAUUUGCACCUACUGUUUUUGCGUAAAUCCACCAGAGGCUGCUGUCGACUGACUGAAUGACUGACCGAUUACUGACCGACUCCCGUAUUUUACAGUUCUUUCCCGCUAUCGUCCCGUAAAAGUAUUUUCCCGUAUUUAUCCUGUAAUUCCAGUCUUUCUCUGAAGGGUGGCAAAUAAACAUUAAAGAGCCGAUCCUCCCUAUACGCAACCCAUACUGCCGAACCACCAGGGGCCGCCCCUUGUUCUUAAAUUUCGCUUUGCUUAAGCAUGAAAACUCUUUGAAAUAAAUAUAAAAACCGAGGGAUUCCCUUUCCUUUUCAUUACAGGCGCCGUCUCCCCUUCAUAUGCAAACCUCAAAACAGUCAUACAGUGGUGCGUGACUGUCGAUUCUGUACACGUGUUUUGAAGUGGAGCGAAAGUCUGGGUUUAGGAUGCGUGUUUGAACAGACAUAUACACAUAAUUAAUAAUAAUAAUAAUAUCUAAAGAUGUCGAUCUUGGUGGGUUUUUUUUUUUCAAAUACAACUAAUUUUUCCCUAAAACCUCCGAGAGACUUGGAAUGCCUGCAGAACGAUAUCAGGGUGUCUCAUGCAGCACUUUAAGUGAGGUUACAUAGUUUAUUUGACUCCUGAUACCUGGCACCUCGCAUCAGUAUCAGGCGUCACAUCCUGAGUGGAACUUCAGGAUGUGAUUCAAGUGCUUGUGCAUGAGUUUUCUUUUAUUUAUGCUCAUUACAAAGACAACUUGCUCACAAAGAUAUAUGGUUCCAAACAUAGUGGCUAAUUUGUAUGAAUUCGUACAAUCUCAUUUGUACAAUUUAGUACGAUUUGCUUAUCCACCAAUGACGGUUAGCUUUAGGGGUGUGGUUCGGGACCACGCCUCCUUUUUAAAAUGGUUAAUAUUCAUACGGCUAUACUCGUACGAAUUAGCUACUAAACUGACAAAGCGUAAAAUAGUUGUUUCCUCGUGAGAUCACCUCAGUUUGGUAUGACAGGGCACACAUGUGGUCUUUCUCUCUGAGAAGGCUGUCAAACAGAUGCUGAUUCUUGCUUCUGGAUCGGAUGAACUUAAUAGUUUGCUAUUCCGCCAUCCAGUGGAUACAAUUAGAACAGUAGUUUCUUUUAUUAAAAAAUUGCAGCUCAUUUGUAUACUUUACAGAAUCAUCUCGUGGGCCGCAUUAAACCAGUUUGUGGGCCUGAUCUGGCCUGUGGGUCGUACAUUUGACACCCCUGAUCUAGAGCGCAUAUAGCGCUAUAUGGGGGUGAGAGUAUGCAUAUUACUCUGAAAGCCAAAAUGAUGACUUGGACACCUCUAUGGUCUUAUGGACCAUCCACUUGCACAUGUCAGUUAAGUCACUGAGACUCAAGUGCACUAAAGUGCCAAUACUAAAGCAAGCUUGGACUGCAAUAGUUUAAGGUGCCAUUUGGGAAAGGUCUAGAGUCCACUUCAAGAGUUGAGCAAAAGUAAGCAAAUUACCCUUGUGUGUGGCAGUUUUGGCUGUGGACAAGAUCUUUAUGUGAAAUUAAUUUCGAUAGUCACAGACAGUCACAGAAUAUAUUUUCUAGCAGGAGCUAGCCGUUGAAUGUAUAUGCUGCUAUUGCAGUGCAUUAUGGGACUCAAUGGGUGCACUUGAUGAGGUCCACUGUGAUUUCGGCCAAAAAUUUAGAAAUAAUUGUCCUGAAAAAUAGAGCACUGUGGGAAUCUGUAAAGCUCAGAAACAUCCAGGCAGAUGUGUUUGGUGAGUUUGGAGCCAAACUCUGCAGGACAAUGGCUCUGGAGUGGAAACCCUCGCUGUAAAGGUUUUUUUUUUGUUUGUUUUUGCUGUGAUCUGUAUGCAUGUCAAGGUGCCUGAGCUUUUUUCCUGUACCAGCCUUGAAUGAAAAGUAGAAUGUCAAUGAAUUGUACAUAUAUAGAUUUUUCUAUGGUAUAUGCUUAUUUAUUUCAGAAUUAGUUUAUAUUUGUAUUAAAGUGUAUAAAUUUGGGUGCAAUCAGUUAACAUUAUGCAUUUGAAGCAGUAUAUUCAUAUCGGAGAUGACCUAUUUAACUAAUAUAAUUGGUAAAUGUAUAUUAAAUUAUUUUUGCCAAGAAGAAAACUUAUUUUAUCCCUCAAAUGCACACUAUUUAUGUACUGUAUGUUCAACGCGUUGUAGUAAAAAGCACUGUUACAGCUUCAGUCUGUCUUUUGCUUGAAGUAUAGUUUGACUUGGUGGCUUAUUAAAGGAAAAG